AUGUUUCCCGAAGGGAAUGAACUUCCAAACUCCACCUAUGAGGCCAAGAAACUUAUGUGCCCUUUGGGUAUGGAGUAUGAGAAGAUACAUGCUUGUUCCAAUGACUGUGUGUUGUAUCGAAAUGAGUAUGCUGAUUUGAAUGAGUGUCCAAGGUGUGGAGUUUCUCGUUACAAGAUGAAUGAUACUGGUGAUUUGUGUAAGAAAGGGUCUCUGGCUAAGAAAGAUGGGUUAAUGAGGCAUCCUGCUGAUUCCCCGCAAUGGAGGAACAUUGAUCGAAAGUUCAAGGACUUUGGUGAAGAAGAUCGAAAUAUUAGGCUUGGUCUUAGUACAGAUGGAAUGAACCCAUUUGGGACACUAAGUACCCAAUAUAACACUUGGUCGGUUCUUCUAACUAUCUACAAUUUGCCUCCUUGGUUAUGCAUGAAGUCUAGAUACAUUAUGUUGUCCCUUCUAAUAUCUGGGCCUAAACAACCUAGAAAUGACAUUGAUGUGUAUCUAGCGCCUCUCAUUGAAGAUUUGAAAUUGUUGUGGAAUGAAGGGUACACUGUGAAGGGAACAACUCCUUGCCCCAUUUGUGAAGAUGAUUUGGAGGCAUUACGCCUAGACAAUUGUGGAAAGCAUGUAUACAUGGAUAAUCGCAGAAAUCUUCCUGAAGACCUCCCUUUUCGAUUCAAUAAGGAUGCUUUUAAUGGAAAAGUGGAGUUGAGAGAAGCUCGUGGCCCUUUAUGUGCAAGUGAGGUUUAUCAGCUGGUCAAAGACAUUGAGAAUGAGUUUGGUAAGCCUUACAAAAGCAAAUCAACUGGGGGUUACAAGAAGAAGUCUGAGCUAUGGUCUCUUCCAUAUUGGAGACAUUUGGAAGUUAGACAUUGUCUAGAUGUAAUGCAUAUUGAGAAAAAUGUUUGUGAUGCCAUUCUGGGAACUUUAUUAAAUAUGCCAGGAAAUACAAAGGAUGGAGUUAAAGUAAGAAAAGACAUGGCUGCUAUGGGUCGUUCAGAGUUGGCACCCGAAUCUCGAGGAAAACGAUGGUAUCUUCCCCCAGCUUGCUUUACCUUGUCUAAAAAGGAAAAAACUAGCUUAUGUGAGUCAUUGCAUGGUUUAAAGGUCCCGGCUGGAUUUUCUUCUAAUUUUCGUAGACUUGUGUCAAUGUAUGACUUGAAAUUGGGUGGCAUGAAAUCUCAUGAUUGUCAUGUCUUGAUGCAACAAUUAUUACCAGUUGCCAUUCGAGGAAUUUUUCCACCUCAAGUGAGGUAUACGAUUACAAGAUUAUGUGUCUUUUUUAACACUAUCUGUAGCAAGGUCAUUAAUCCAAGUAUUUUAGAUGACUUGCAAGAAGAUGUACUUGAGACAAUGUGUCGAUUUGAAAUGUAUUUUCCCCCAUCUUUUUUUGACGUGAUGCCUCAUUUGGUUAUUCAUCUUGUACGUGAAAUUAAACUUUGUGGACUAGUGUGUAUGAGAUACAUGUAUCCUUUUAAACGAGAAAUGGGUGACUUAAAGGGAAAAGUCAUGAAUCCGGCCAAACCUGAAGCUAGUAUUGUACAACGAACAGUUGCUGAUAAAGUGGAAGCAUGGGUUGCUCAAUAUCUUGCACGUUCACAGAAAAUUGGGUUGCCAAAGUCUCGACACGAUGGGAGGCUUGGAGGUCAAGGUACUAUUGGCAGGAAAAGGAUAUCCAUGGGCUUUGAAAUGAAAAUUAAGGCCGAGCUUUUCGUGUUGCAAAAUAUUAGUGAGGUUCCUCCUUACUUGGACGAGCACAUGCUUUUUCUUAAAAAUAAAUAUCCUUCCAAAAGUGAUCCUCAGCUGAUAAAGGAGCAUAAUUGUUCAUUCGUUACAUGGUUCAAGGAACGAGUGAUGUCCUAA